GGGGCCGGUUCCGUUUGCUCGGCGCGGGCGUCGUUGUUGGGGAGCUCUCCUUUUUGUGUUUUUUUGGGGCUUUGCGGCGAUGAUCUCCCCCCAUCGCCUCUGUCUCUCUCUCUCUGAUCUGAGAUAAGAGUGGGGGGAUUUAGCAGGGGGAGCUCGCGCGCAGGGGUCCGACAUUUCUGAACAUCGUAUCAGCAGACCUGUCUUCUGUCCCUCUCUCUCCUCUUCGAGAGCCAGCAAUGCGGAGAAACCAGCCCCGGUCGAGCAGUUUCGGAAGAAAUCCCAACACCAAGAAACGGAGGUAAAACUGAAUAGAGGAAGGAAGAAAGAUACUCGCUUUUGCUUUCUCUGGGCCUGAGCUUUUAGCUGGCGCUUCUGUCAUGAACAUCUGAAGGAAGCGAACAAGACCCAGGAAAAAAGAAAAAAAGAAAAAUGAACAGAGAAUGGAGGAGAAUCAUCAGUGGCUCUUUGCGCUUCGUUUUCUUUCUUCUGCUUCACCUCCUCAUCGCAGUUGCUGAAGCUAGAAGGCAACUAGCCACCAGCGACGACGUAUCCGGCUUGCUCUCUUUCAAGAAAUCCUCUGUCCGGUCCGACCCGAACGGGUUCUUGUCCGGCUGGGUGGCCACAUCGUCCCUUCCCUGCUCGUGGAAGGGCAUCUCCUGCUCCUCCGACGGCCGGGUCUCCGCCGUCGAUCUCGGCGGCGCCGGCCUCGCCGGCUCCCUCCACCUCCCCGAUCUGGCGGCGCUGCAAGGCCUUCGGUCCAUCAACCUGCGCUUCAACUCCUUCUCUGCCGGCGAUCUCUCCGUCUCCGGCGGUGGCAGCAGUUCUUGCCUCCUCGAGAGCGUUGACUUGUCCUUCAACAACUUGACCAACCCUUGGCCGGCUAAUUCGUUCUUGGCUUCUUGCGCCAGGCUUGCUUACGUCAACCUCUCGCACAAUUCGAUUCCUGGGGGGUCUCUCCAAUUUGGGCCUUCUCUGGUUCAGCUUGAUCUCUCUUCCAAUCAAAUCUCUGAUCUUGGCCUCUUGAAUUACACCCUCACAAACUGCCAGAACUUGAAUCUGCUGGAUUUGUCCGACAACAAGCUCCUUGGGAAGUUCGAUGCCACUCCUUCCUCUUGCAAGAACUUGUCAUUUCUCGAUCUGUCGAGGAAUAAUUUGACUGGGGCUCUGCCUCCCAAGUUUGUGGCCAAUUCUCCAGCAUCACUCAAGUUCCUGGAUCUUUCUCAGAACAAUUUCUCGGGAAAAUUUUCCGAUCUCGACUUUGGCAGCUGCGGAAACCUCACCGUGUUCAGUCUCUCAAACAAUUGUCUCUCCGGCACCAACUUCCCAGCGAGCCUCAAGAACUGCCAGCUCUUGCAGACAAUUGACUUGUCUCACAAUGAGCUGCAGGACAUGGUUCCUGGUGCUCUGCUGGGAGGUUUUAAGAAUUUGGAACGACUGUAUCUGUCACACAACCAUUUUGUGGGGCAAAUCCCACCUGAGUUGGCGCAGGCUUGUGGGACAUUGCAAGAGCUCGAUCUUUCUUGGAACAAUCUCUCCGGCGGGAUGCCGCCCGCGUUCACUUCGUGCUCUUCUCUCGUGAGUCUCAACCUCGGGAACAAUCGGCUGUAUGGAGAUUUUCUCAGCACGGUGAUUGGAAACAUCACGAGCCUCAAGUUUCUCUACUUGCCGUUCAACAAUAUAACCGGCCCCGUGCCGGUGUCACUGUAUCAGUGCACUCAGCUCCAGGUGCUCGACCUCAGCUCAAACGAACUUACAGGAAAUGUUCCUUCUGGUUUUUGCUCAAACAAUUUGUCCUCGCCCCUGGAGAAGUUACUGCUUCCGAAUAACUAUCUUUCAGGGACCGUUCCUCGGCAGCUCGGAAACUGCAAGAACCUGAAAUCAAUUGAUCUCAGCUUCAACUACCUGGAUGGUGAUAUCCCGAAAGAAAUUUGGGAUUUGCCGAAUCUCUUGGACUUGGUUAUGUGGGCAAACAACCUAACCGGCGAAAUUCCUGAAGACAUUUGUGUAAAUGGAGGAAACUUGGAGACUUUGAUCCUGAACAACAACUUUAUCUCUGGAAGCAUUCCGAAAUCCAUCGCCAGUUGCACUAACAUGAGCUGGGUAUCACUUUCUAGCAACCUUCUCACAGGAGAAAUACCUGCAGGGUUCGGGAAUCUUGCGAGCCUCGCGAUCCUCCAACUGGGCAGCAACUCACUCACAGGAAGGAUUCCACCGGAGCUUGGGAACUGUCGGAGCCUAAUUUGGCUCGACUUGAACAGCAAUGACCUCACGGGUCCGGUCCCACCUGAUCUCGCUGACCAGACUGGCCUGGUAAUGCCGGGCAAUGUCUCGGGCAAGCGAUUUGUGUUCGUGAGGAACGAGGGAGGUACAGAGUGCAGGGGUGCUGGAGGAUUAGUGGAGUUCGAGGGGAUACGUGCGGCGAGAUUGGAGAGUUUCCCAAUGGUUCAUUCUUGUCCAUUGACUAGGAUCUAUUCAGGCAUGGCAGUUUACACCUUCGCCAGCAAUGGGAGCAUGAUCUACCUCGACCUGUCCUACAAUUUCUUGUCGGGGACAAUCCCGCAAAAUUAUGGCUCCAUGAGCUACUUGCAAGUUCUAAACUUGGGACACAACAAUCUUACAGGAACAAUUCCCGACAGUUUUGGAGGUUUGAAUAGUUUAGGAGUUCUCGAUCUUUCUCACAAUCAUCUCACAGGACCUGUUCCUGGUUCAUUGGGUUCUCUCAAUUUCCUCAAUGAUCUUGAUGUGUCAAACAAUGACCUAAGUGGCCUUAUCCCUUCCGGAGGUCAGCUCAUGACAUUCCCGGCAUCCAGAUAUGCGAACAACAGUGGCCUUUGUGGGGUCCCUUUAUCACCCUGUGCAUCCGGGAGCGGGUCAAGCCACCCGUCGCAGAAUUAUAAUGGCGAUAAGAAGCAGUCUUUUGAGGCCGGGAUGGUCAUAGGCAUCACAUUCUUCCUCACAUGCAUCUUUGGCCUCACCAUCGCGCUUUACCGUGUCAAGCGGGGUCAGAAGAUCGAGGAACAGAGAGAGAAGUACAUAGAGAGCCUCCCCACUUCGGGUAGUGGCAGCUGGAAGAUCUCCAGUGUCCACGAGCCGUUGAGCAUCAACGUCGCCACAUUCGAGAAGCCUCUGCGUAAGCUCACUUUCGCGCAUUUAUUUGAAGCUACGAAUGGUUUCAGCGCUGAGAGCCUCAUCGGUUCAGGAGGGUUUGGCGAGGUUUACAAGGCUAAACUGAGGGGCGGGAAUGUCGUUGCCAUAAAGAAGCUUAUUCACGUGACAGGUCAGGGCGAUAGAGAGUUCGUAGCAGAAAUGGAAACCAUAGGGAAAAUCAAGCACCGCAAUCUGGUUCCGUUAAUGGGUUAUUGCAAGGUCGGCGAGGAGAGGCUCCUUGUGUAUGAGUACAUGAAAUGGGGAAGCCUCGAGUCGGUUCUUCACGAUCGGUCUAAGGGAGGAGGUGUCUCGAAACUUGAUUGGCCCGCAAGAAAGAAGAUUGCCAUCGGGUCGGCGAGAGGCCUAGCCUUUCUUCACCACAGUUGCAUUCCUCACAUCAUCCACCGGGACAUGAAGUCGAGCAACGUCCUUCUGGACGAGAACUUCGAAGCUAGAGUUUCUGACUUCGGCAUGGCUCGGUUGGUGAAUGCUCUCGACACCCAUCUCAGCGUGAGCACCCUCGCAGGAACUCCGGGAUAUGUUCCCCCAGAGUAUUAUCAGAGUUUUCGUUGCACGGCAAAAGGCGAUGUGUACAGUUAUGGCGUAAUACUUCUGGAACUUCUUUCGGGCAAAAGGCCGAUCGACUCUUCCGCGUUCGGUGAUGAUAAUAACCUAGUCGGAUGGGCUAAGCAGCUUCAGAGAGAGAAGAGAAGUAACGAGAUACUAGACCCGGAACUGAUGGAGCAUAAAUCGGGGGAGGUUGAGCUGUUCCAUUAUUUGAGAAUUGCAUUCGAGUGCCUUGAUGACAGGCCUUACCGGAGACCAACCAUGAUUCAAGUGAUGGCGAUGUUUAAGGAACUUCAGGUCGAUUCAGAGAGCGAUAUCCUCGAUGGCCUUUCGCUGAAAGACUCGGUAAUCGACGAAUCUCGGGAAAAAGAACCUUGGGUUCAUGACCCCUGAUUCGUGUUCGAUUAGGACUAGUGAGCUUCGGUUCCAAAAUUGGCAAUGAGGUUAUUAUCGAGUUCGCGUUUCAAGCACUGUAAAUAGAAGCAGCACAUCGAUGAGAUGGAGAAGUUGGAAGGAUAUUGUGGGAAGAGAGAGAGCAAAGUAGAAGGGAUUUUCGGUCGCUUGUAGUCUGUGAAUGGUGAAUUAUUGGAUCGACAGGUCUUAAUUCUGAGAGUCCUGAAUACUUUGUUCUAGUGUGGCAUUGACUCCUGUUCCCUGGGGAAGUUUUGCUAACUUACAUGUUUUCAUUUAUAGUUUUUCCACACUGCGUCGAUUGUUCUUGUCCAUAAAAAAGAAAGAACCUGGAGAUGUGAUGAGAGAAAAGGAGCAAUUGUUGUAAAGUUGUAGCAAUAGCAGCACUGUUGAAUAGUGAGAAAUUCUGGCUCUGCCUUAUUCCUUC